AUGGAGGUCAGUAUCUGCUCCAAGUGUUUAGGUAAUGGUGAUGCUUUGACCAAAUAUGCUAGUGGAUCUCAAUGUAAGGUAUGUACUGGUGUGUUUGACGUCUAUGCCGUUAAACAACGUAAUUCACUGGUCAAGACCUUGGUAUGUCAUAGAUGUUCUCAGCAGAGAAACAUAUGUCAGUGCUGUCUGUUAGAUCUGUCCUGGGGAGUCCCCACAGAACUUAGAGACAGAUUACUAUCAUUAAUCCACGAUGACCCUUCGUUAAAGACCCAGGAGGCCCGCAAUGAUAUGAUGAGAAGAUUUUUGUCCUUAAAGGAUGUGAAAUUAGGUGGUGCUCAAAUUACCAGUCAGACGGACUCCUUAGAGGAAUUAAAACCAUUGUUGCAGAUUAACAAAUCGCUACAACAGGACCUUUAUGCAUCUAACCAUUAUUUGAUCUGCAAUCUAGACAAAUCAAUUCCAAAGUGGAAGGUCGAAUCUGCAGUUGAUGGAAUCGUAGGUAUCGAAGGUUCUGUCGAGUCUGUAAGCGUAAAUCCCGAAGCCCGAGUAGCUUGCAUAACUGUUAAAGAUGACGCAAGUACAAAAUUUGUGGAAAAACUUGAAAAAUGCAAGAGCAAGGGUAAGAUGACGGUUAGAGGUAAACUGACUAUUGACAGAUUCAAUACAGUGGUUACAAGUUUACAAGAACCGGUUAAAUUGGAUGGAUUUAGUGAUAACCUUGGUAUUUUUUUACAAAAAAACGUCUUGUUUGCGGAAUCAAGAAGGGAUCGCGAGACGCCUGGAAGGCGGACUCAAAAUAAACCGGGGAAACCGAAUAAAGUCACAAAGAGAUCCAAAAGAGCUCGAGAUUUAGAACUAUAA